AUUCGCAAUCGCAUUUUGAGAUGAAUAGUCUGGACAAGUGUAAUCAACUCUUUCGCAAUCGCUGCUACGCUCAGGCUGCUUUCAGAAUUUGAUUUUGGAAGCCGUUCACCACAACGUAACUAUACCGACGCGGAAUGGCGCAACAACCGCCGGCGGCGCUGAAGCAGGCCGAUAGCAACCUGUUUAAAACGGCGAACCGAGCAGUCCAACUAGCAUCGGCGAAGCCCAUCGUCGCUUAUUGGUGUGAAUACUAUGUCGUAAACCAAAUACUCGCUCGGCAACUCCAUCAGGAGGACCCGGAAAUACUCAACUACACCACGACACUGAUGGACAAGCUUGAGGAGGCCAAGACAAAGUUUGCCGCCGAAGAGGCUGUCAUGGACGAUGACGUCGCCAAAGUAUACAUUGAACAGUUUGCACAGGACACUCUGGACAGGGCGCAGAAGGUCAUACGAGCAAACAAGUGCACACAACAAACGGCAAACACGUUCGACGCCGCAGCUACUUUUCUCAACCUGCUCAGCGUAUGGGGUCCCCUUGACGCCGACACCAAGCAGAAGAUCAAAUAUGCCAAAUGGAACACGUUAAGAAUCCUCAAGGCGAUUAAGGAGGGAACAGACCCCAACGAAUCAAAUCCCAAGCCCGACCCGGAACCCGCAGCACUGGAAUCAGACGAGCUUAAUCCUUUGGGUAUGACGAGCCCCUCUGCAGGUCCUUUUCCAGCAACUGUCGAGGAUGUUCCCGAGUCAAGCUCCAUCAGGGGCGACCCCUCACUGGUGUCACAACCCCAGACUCCCGCCUCAGCAGUUGCGCCCCAUCAACAAGACUCCAUGACAUUACCCGAUGCUUCCCAUGGAAAUUCUGGUUACUUCGAUUCAACUGCCGCCCCGCAACCGCCGUCGAUACCUUCACCCAUGUCUCCGCCCCUACAAGCAUCGGCGGGACCGGGAGAUCUUCCCCAGAGAUGGACACCAACACCACCAGCUGCGGAUGCUGCGUUCUCCCCUCCGCCCUCAAAAGUUGAAGACAAUGAACACACACAGGCCUCAGCCCCUGCGCCUGCUCCUGGCCCUCCCACAUUUGCCCCAAGUCCGGCAGCGAUGCCGGCAGUAGCUCCGCCCCCAGCAUUAGUUUCGCCGCCUGCAUCUUACAUGGACAUGGUCCCGACCCCGUCAACUGUCAGCUACGGGCAACCCUCAGCGCCUGCAAUAAACAGCAGUAAAGCUACAGCAAAUUCAUCCACAGCACCAACAAUAGCGCCUGGAGGCUAUAAUAUCGAUGAUGACUCCAUAAGGAAAGCACAGAAGCAUUGCAAAUGGGCUAUCUCAGCCUUGAAUUUUGAGGAUGCAGCGACUGCAGUCAAGGAGCUCGAGCUUGCUUUGCAAACCUUGGGGGCCAGGUGAACUGUAGUCAACUGACGCGGCGCUUCUGAUGGAUUGUCCGCCAGCCGUUCACGUGCCAAACCGGCCCUUUCUGGGCCUGGGAGCUUUUUACGCAAAUGGAAAUACCUUGCUCAGACUCGAAUAAAGUCCAGACUUGAACAAAUACCAAACUUGUUACAGUAUUGACCAUUUUCGAGGUUCGGCUCGGAGGCCCCUUGAGUUGACAUGCACAAGGCCAGCUGCAGUAUUUGCAGCAAGUGUAGACUACGGGACCGAGACGACUAUCGGGAUAGAGUGGCUAAACGCAGCGAUGAUCAAACAAAGUUAUGGAUGGCAUUGGGGCUCAGCAUUUCAAUACCGGAGGUGCCAUGGAACCCAAUAGAAAACGGCUUUAUCAUCAAAAUCCAGUAAUACAUAUACCGCAAACAGGUAAAGCGGUUGCCAUAUCUACACAGUACUUGGUAUAGGUGAGAAGGUAUAAUUCAUCAGAUUAAUGAACACUGAAAUUUUACAAGAUCAGCUUAUAAGCCGA